AAAUUUGCUUCACUCGGCAGUACGCAGCAUGACCCGCGUACUGCCUUCGGCGCUACUAUAUCAUUGCACAGAUAAUUGCGAUCAUUGCGUAGAUCCUGUUUCGCUAAGUUGUCAGCGAGGCUUGUUUUUGCAAAAGACAAAGGUAUCUUAGUUAAAACGGUGAAAGAUAAAAACCGAAAAAUGCCGUUGACUGUGGAAGAGCAGGAAAAGGCAUUUUGCUGGGAGGCAGAUCCGCUUUAUUUCAAUUUCCACAAUGAAAUUCCCGGUAAGGUACGAAUGCAUACAAGAAAAAUGGAGUGGAAAGACUGGAUUAAAAUUGACAAAACAUAUCCUGCACAAAUGAAACUUCGAGGGGAGCUUCUUGAGUCCACUAGAGACACUGUUUUUGUCACCAAUCACGAGGAAUCUACAAAGCUUGCCAAACAGGAAUUGCUGGAGAAAAUUAUUGAUUAUUUGCCCUCGCGCUUUCCAGACAAAUUUGAGAAAAGAGAUGGUGGGAUUUACAACAAGAUUCUUGAUGAAACUGUUUCAGCAGAUUGUAAUGAUUCUAUCGAUCCUCUUAUUCGUGCUGGCAGACUAACCCAAGAGGACUGGGUGAUACUUGAAUGGGAUGAAGAUUUAGACAGCUAUAAGCUAACUGCAGGCAUUGUUUACUUUCCGAUGAGGUGGUCCUUGAAUGAUAAGUGGAACAAAGGUAUGCCAGGCAUUCAUAAGCCAGUCAAAGGUUUCAUGAAACACUUAUUAAAAAAUGUCCAAAGUUUAUUCAAGGCAAUGACCCCGGCUGCCCCAGUAUGGCGGGCAAACUGGGCUGUGUUCAAUGAUGUUGCCGGACCAUUGGAUCUAUACACACCGACUGGUCACCGUGAUCGUAACAAGACUAAUCAAGUCACUGUAUAUGAAGGCGAGGCUACUGGAAAGAAGCUGAUGUAUCGUGCUGAAUACCAAACACUUGUAAAGCUCCCAAAAAGCAAAGCAAUUGUUUUCAGCAUUCGUACUUAUCAAAGAUAUUUGUCCGAUUUUAGAGACUACCCGGUCCGUGAUGCAGUGGCUUUGAUACAAGCAAUCGAAACUCUAGACCAAGAUUUUUAUGUUUACAAGGGCACCGAAUUUUGGAAAGAUGCCGCCAUCAAGUAUCUCAAAUUAGUUAAAAAGGAGAAGGAAGGGAAAAAUUGGUCACCAUAUUUCCUGGCUGGUGCUGCGAUUGUUUGCGGGGUAGCCCUUGGUGUAGCUUUUAAACGUUCCAGAUAAAUGCCCUUUUCUGUUUGGACUUUAAUGAAAUUUACUUGGGGGCUUAUUAAGCUUUGAUACUUAAGACAUAUUUUCUAUAUAAUAAACGUAUUUUAGAAAUAAAUUUGAAUUAUAAUGGUUACUGAACUGGUCUUCAGAUAUUGAUUGUUGAAUAGAUUAUUUUGUACGUAAUAAGUCAUUUUAUAGAAUCUUGGUACAACUGUGAAUGGUUCAGUCGUCAAUAACAACAACUCAACUCAACGUAUCUCAGUUUCGUUUCACCAACUCUCGUCACUGUUCCAUCAAUGAAAACGCUCAAUUAAUGUAGCCCAGUGAGUUGAUCUCUCACCAACGAACUCCUUUUUACUGUACCGUUGAAAACCAAUAUAUCCCAAUGCUUGCAGAAGCUGUUCAAAACGCUCCACUUUUCUUCACAUUGAUUGCGUUACAAUACAGCUUUUUUUAAUUUAUUACCAUCCAAAGAAUCCUCUAAAAAAUGUCUAGAUUGUACUUUCAGUGCUUCCUCGGUUAAGUGUAAACUUGAAUAUGUGACGUCAACACUAUCUGGUUACGCUUGAGCCUUUGCAAAUCUCUACAAUCUGGGUAGAAAUGCACCUAAAUCUUCCCCAUCAUUAACUGCGAGCAUCUUUGUAACUUUCAUUUUUAGAGCCCCCGCAUGCUCAGGUAUAUCAAAAUUUGACUUGCUAUCUUCCAUCUUUUAUAAUAUCAGCUUAAUCUCCAUUCAUCUACAAACUCUCUUGCCUUAAGUUGACGCUCUAUUAGCUUUUGAAAUAUUUACCAUACCUCUUUCUUGUUCUGCUUUUUCUUAUUUUUUUUAACAGCUCUCUCAGCAGCCUAGACACUCUUAUUUCCUAAUAAACUCUGCUAGGCUUUCAAAUGUUGCCCCUACCUUUACCAAAUUAUCCAGAUCUAUGUCUCCAUUCUACUACUAACUACUCUCCUGAAAAUGAAGCUUCAAGUCUGAACACAAAUGAACACCCACUAAACAAACCAUCCAAGGUCACCUCAACAACUUUGACUAUCUUUCUGCUAAAGAGAUGUCUAUAGACAAGUUAAGGGCAUCCCGAGGUUCAGGAGUAAUUGGCACCCCAAGUUUCCCCUGUCCCAAAUCAGAUCAUUAUGCCCUAAGUUAAAUUCCCCUAAAAUGUAUUCAUUGGGAAGUAUACCAUUGUAGUCUUUUAUGUUGAAUGCCAACAUGUAAAAUGUAUUAGGGCUACUCGAGCCAUCUUAACAUAGUGCAUUCCUUAUUGGAGUUUGAGCAGUUUUCAUAGUUGAGAAAAUAUUCACCGAGUUAAUAACACUUUUUUCUCUAUAUCUUGAUGCUUUUAUUUGAUUGUUAAUAUUGCGAAUACUUGUUGAUUUUUAAAUGAUUGAUAAAGCGUUUAGCUUCAUGUUACGUUUGUUGAAUUAUGUAUUACGUUUGUUGAAUUAUAACUAUGUACCUUUGUAGUUGUAAUUAAUUUCGUAAUAAUUAGUCCAACUUAAUGUAUUCUUUGUUGUAAAAGUGUAUUAGCCAUGUAUUAGAUAUAGAGUCGCGAGGACCAUCUCGGCCUACAUGCUAACGAAAUAAAAAUAAAGAAAAUAGAAAA